UUGUUUAUAGGAGCCACAGAGACGGAGGGGCCAUGCUGCUCCAUGGCAUUGUCCCUACACGGAUUAACUGGCUGUCUGACAAUGGCCGUGGCUCUGACAGCCACGCAGUCCCACUUUGCGGUCAUAUGCAUACCGAUGUGAUGUUUGAGAGAUUUGGCAGCUGCUCAGCAGAGCAUCACACCUACUGCGGCUUCAUAUAGGAGGACACCAUGUAUGUUAAUGGAGGGACGACUAAGGGGAUGAAUUGAAUCAGUGUGACAAGGGAAUAGCCAACCAGUACUUUUGGACGAGAACUGAUGGGCUGUCCAAGCUUGCGAUGCCAACUGCAAAAGACAAAGCUGGUUCAGCGUCCCACCGCUACCGUCCGGCCUCGGAAUAUGAUGAUGCCACCCUCACCCAAAAGAGACAAUACUGGAGAACAAAGAAACGAGAACAGAGGGCCCGACUGACAGAGCGCAGAGGAAAGUCCUCACACAACAGUCAAGGGGGAAAGUUCGUACAUCUACACGCCCCUGCAGCGGGGAAUUCCACUUUAUCCGGCUCUUUUGCUGCUUUCUCCUCUCCUUUGCAGAGUAACGAUGGCUCGUACAAAGCAGUCAACGUAUCUCCUGCACCACAGACUGGGAAAAGAGUGGGGGACAGCUCAGUUGAAGCCCCUGACAGAAAGGAGAAAUGGCUCAGUACGAUGGAACUCAACAAGGUCUUGCCUCAGUUCACUGCAUCAAGUUCCAUCCCUGCCAUAGCUGCUAGGCGCAACGUAGCUACAGUAAGGGGUGCUGUGAGCAGAGCUGUCACCUCUCACAGUGGAACCCAGCUGAACUCAGUGCCUCUAGUCAGAGUGACCAGAACUACCAACGGCAGCUCCGCUAAAACACACCCUCAGCCAUGCGUGUCUAUGCAGGGUGCGUCAGUCCCAAAAAUGCAGAAUAAGGCACAAGUUGUAUUACGCAUUCAGCCCAAACUCUCACCCCCCAAUGUGACCACAGGUAUGAUUAUUGUGUCUUCUCCAUGUGUCCCAGUUUCUAUUAAAACAGAGGGCCAAACAGCGACACCUCAGAGUGGAACAAAGAGUGCCUUGGUCACCAUGCAGAGGGCUAAAGGUGUUAGCAACUCGCACUCUGUCAUGGAGCCAGAGGACCAGAGAGCAGCCAGGCGCAGAGAGCAAUGGCGGAUCAAAAAGCGAGAGCAGAGGGCGAAGCAGGCAGCUCAGGUGGCUAAAGCGAGAGAAAGGACACAGAGCGGUGAGAUGACGAUGGCAAGGCAAACAGCACAGAAAGCAGGACUUGUAGGGGGCGCCAUUCUUCAGCAUCUUCCAUCUCAGUCGUUGUUGAGAGGGGCCGUCCAGAAGCAGUGUCCUACCCGGGUCAAAACUUCCUUUACAUCUGCCAAAAGGGAAACGUAUAAAGUGCAAAGUUGGGCAGCAAGGUUAGCUACAGUUAACCUGCAAACAAAUCGGAUAAUACCACAAAACCCACAUGGGAAUAGGACACCACAGACAGCCAUCACAUGUAAUGUUAUAUCCGCGAGAAAGCGAGGGGAGACCCAGAGAAAGCUUCCAAGUUAUGUCAAUAUUUCUAAUGUUUCCAAAGGGAUCGCUCGUUGUAAAACACCUAGGCAAAGGAUUAUCGACGCCCAGAGGAAUUUCAUGAAUCAAAGAAACAUAAGAUGUAAAUCCCCGUUUCUUUCUUCAGUCUAUGGUAGCAGAAAUAUGCCCCAAAUCGACCCCAACGACACACCUGAGCAGAUCAUAGCCAAACGGCGAGAGUAUUGGCGGAUAAAGAAGCGCGAGCAGCGAGCUAAGCUGUCAAUGGAAGUGAGGGGUCGUUUGAUGGAGAAGGACUCUCUGAUGCGAAGAGUGAAGCGUUACCAGGACAUCCUAGAGGAGAUAAGGAGGGCCAGAGCCAUGGCCCAAUCGGGAGGGAGCACCCUGACCAACGCCUCUGAGACCAUUGGAGGGUUCAUCAAAGAGGACGGGACACUGACCAUUAACAUUCCCCAGGUUUCUACGGAUCACAACACUGCAGCACGUAGAGGUGAAGAAGAGUGUCACGUAGAAGCUAAUAAUACAUCCAUCUCAAAACCUCAGCAUCCACCUAAUACUCAACAGAAAGGCACCACACCCAUUCGUGUAAACCAGCCCCCCCCUCCACCUCUCCCUACUCAGGUAAGAGUCACUUUUCCUCCUGCUGGACAGUCGGUCAACAAGCCUCCGAGACUACUGCCAAUCAGACCAAGGACUCAACUUGAAAGCACAACUGUUAGUAAUCCACACAAGUCAGCAAUCCAAACUGUUAGUCAGAUCAGACUCACUCGUCCUCAAAUCUCUCAAAACACCGUUACUGGAGGGCCGACAGCAGGGUCUAACCUCGGUGGCUGUGUCAUGAAAAUGACCGUCUCGAGUAGUGCGGUGUCUCUGUCAGCGCUCUCUCUGGAUCCAGCGUUAACAGAGGAGGAGAGGAUGGCUAAAAAGAGGGAGUACUGGAGGAUAAAGAAACGAGAGCAGAGGGCAGCCCGCUCUGCUCGACUGAAGCAGGGGGUCUUACAUGCCAGGGCCACUGCAGCCUUACAGAGGAGGAGGGCCCAGAAGCAAGCAGCAGAAACCACUGCCACACAAGGUGGGAGUCUCACAGGAUACGCACAAUCUCUCCCCAACAACAGUGUGCCUAUUACGCCAAAUGCAAAUGAGAUCAAACAAGAGUCUGAGCCUGUGCCAGCAGUUGACCUAAAUUCUCAACCAGAACAUGCCAUCUGUCCAGAAAUCAGCCCCCCCACCUCCCCACCACCACCACCUCCAGCGCCUCAGCCGGAGCCUGACCCAGCUCUGAGUUCAGACAGCCAGGCUACCACUCUGCUAGCCGUGGCCUCCAUGAAGAAACUCCUGGAAGAAUCCCUGAGCACAGUGACCCACAUCAAAAUAGAGUCGAAGGAGGAGGCCUCACAGCAAGAGAUGGAGCCCACCUUACCCCAGAAUGAGGGGGCUCCCAUUGCUGCUGAUUUGACAUUGGAGAUAAAAAGCGAUGGCGAUGCUUUGGUACCAGCGGGGUCACAAAGCCCUCAUCUCAAAGACGCACCCCAAAGUAGCGACACGCAUCCUCCCAACUCCAACGAGGUAGUCCUGAAUCCCACCUGUGAGCACUCAUCCCAAACCCAUUCAAAUUUCAUAUUGGACCCCUCAGUGGAAGCCUCUGACAUCCCAUCUUCACCACACAGAACCCUGAGUCUUCCCACCAAAACAGAAAGCCAUGAAAGCAGCUGUUCCCCAGAGCCACCAAAGCUACACCACCUACCCAUGGUUCAACUGCAACCACAGCAACAACACUGUGAACAAGACAUUCAAGAAGAAGGCCAAAACUCCCCGUCAGCUGAAGGAUACUGCAGCGUGGGGCCCGAGCACAGUGGGAUGAUGAGCCUGCAGAGGAAGAGGGAGUACUGGAAGCUGAUGAAGAGGCAGCAGAGGGCCAGGCUAAGAGCCAGGCAGAGAGAGAGACAGGCAGAAAGCAGCAGUCGACCCAAACACACUCAGGCUCCAGGUCGGCUCAUCAUCAACACUGUGAAGGGGGGGCAUCCUCCAGUGAAGCGACCCCUCCAUCCCCGCCCCCCCCCCUCCUCUCUGUCUGCAGUGAGUGGUGUCCCCACUCUCCUGGUGGUUAGCCCUACAACAUGUAGCGCUAACCAGUCCCCUGACAGGAUCCAGGUCAAGCUGCCCGUCCCCCCUGCCUCCCGCCCCCCCAGGACCCAGCAGAACCACAUGGACACUGGGCAGAUGGUGUCCACACAUCGAGGAGAUCACGAGAAUCAUCAAGGCAUGACACAAAAGUGGACGCCAACUCGCACAGGUGUACACAAACCCCCCUUCAUGCCUCCUCUGAAGCCCCCAGAGAACCCACUAUCCAGCAUCAACCUGCAACCUAUUGAACCCCCCCACACUCUGAGUUCCAGUCCAAUAAAAAUCCCUUGUGCUCAGCUUCAGAGCGCCACACACAUCAUACAAACUCACACACCAACAUGCUCCAUGGUUCCACCAAAGGCCAUCCCAGGGGAGUCUGAGGAAGACUUCCUGAGGAGGAAGAGGGAGUACUGGAGGGUAAAGAAGAAGGAGCAGAGAGCCAGGAAGGCCAUCCGGGAGAAGGGGGUCUCCCCGGGGGGAACCCCCAACCACCUGAGGUCCAUCCUGCCUGCCCAGGAUCUGCACACACAGAAUUGUGGUCAGUGGGUGAGCUCCUCUGAGGAGUCGGAACAUUUCAUGAGCACGUCAAAGGACACCGACCCAGCAUCCUUUUCAUUCUCCGGCUUCUCAGCUCCAGCACAAGAUGAGUCAGAUCUUCAGUUUGCAGACUAUGAUCAGGAUGAAGAGGAGGGUCCAGUCUCUGACGCCGUGUGGAGGAACCGCUACCUCAUGGACCACGACCCUCUGAACCAGCUGCUGGUGUGCAUGGUGUGCGGGGAGCUGCAGUACUCCCACAGCCUGGAGGGGGUGAGGGCCCACAUCGACGAGGCCCACCCCCACACCCUGAGCCUGGAGCCUGGGGAGCAGCGGCAGAUCCUGGAGGCCUGGGACGAGCAGGUGUCCCGGAGAGAGCGCUUCUUCACCAGCCAGCUGCAGCAGCACAGCGCCGUCUGACAGAAGCACGCAGGAGCUGAAGCGAGGAGGAUAUGACUGCAGGACACAACGGAAAACCACCAACCAGGAGAGAGACAAAACUCACACUAACCGUCUUAUUUAUUUAUUUCAAAUCAUUUCUUCUUACCUUCAUAGAAAAUCAUGUUGACAUAAUGCUGUAUGGGAACAUCCAACCCUGAAGGCAGCUUUACCUCAUUUCCUAGAGGGGUUGUAAGGUGGCUUUAUGAAAGAAAGUAUGAACAUUUUUUACAUUGAAGUUAUGACAGCUGAGAUUUUGAGAUAAUAUUCAAGAUAAGUCCAACGUUCUGGGAAACAAUGUCUAACAUAGGCUGAAGUAUCCUGGACCUUUCUUUGUAAAAACAACACACAGAUCAGAAUGACUACUUCCUGAAAUCUGCAAUCAUUCCUUCAAUUUCUGCCAUUUUUAAACCUCAACACCUUUAAGCAUUGGGUGUUUCCCACAGACUCAUUACAUGACAAAGAUGCUUUUGAUAAAGUAUUUAGAACAUCAUAGGAGAAUAAAAGUAGCAAAUACAGGAUCAUAGCUAUUUUCUUUCAUUCUCCAAGAUUCUCCUGUCGUUUCAAAGACAUCAUGAGGUGCCCUGAACAAAUGUAAACCACCCCAAGUGUAAUUGAGUAAUUGUGAGGUACACUGUGUUUCCCUUUCAACAAUAAAACCAUUAAAUUAUGUUUUGGUGACAAACAUCAGCACUCCGGGAUGUAACUGCAUCGGUCAACCCUAUGGAGAAAAUCAAACUAACUAUUUUCAAUCUUUUAGACAGCAGUCCGUCUCCACAGCAGCGUUAAAAAAAUCUUGGAGGUGGGCGUAUCUGAAGCUUGGGGAUUUUUUGCGAACAACCAAUCACAUGAAUCUCCCGCCCGCGA